AUUGUUUUUUUUUUUUUUUUUUUUUGUUAAUUUCAUAAAUUACAUAAAUAGCUAUUUAUUUUUGAAUUUACAUAGUUUUUUUGGAAAUUGAUCGGUGUACGAAUACUUUCUACACACACUGUACGUAAGUAAUUACAUAUCUAUCAAUACCUAGAGAUAGACAGAAUUUCCUAACGAAUACUAGAUAACGGUAAUCACUCUAUAACCGUAGUUGUUUAUUAAUUUUCGAUAACCCUUUCUCGAAAUAAUCUAGAUUGAACUUAUUAUCGAAACAGCGUAUAAAGAAUCGUUCAUCUUUCUAACCAAUAUCGUUAAAUCUGUCAACACCAACAGUUGUUCAGUGCGUGAAAGUAUAAUCGUGGAGAUAUCGACGUACAUAACGGAACUCACCGGUCCUCGCUUCAUUCUUGAAGGUCCAGUUUUAUUUCGCUCUUCAUCGUGAACGGCGAGCAGAAACUCACACCAAAGUCACAGAAAUUUUGACGCCAUUCCGUAUAUCGUGGUUGGCGCGACGUAAACAGCGAAAUUUCGUUUUGGAGCGCUUCGAUCGGCUUCCACGGUGCGGCGCUGGGGUCGCGGCUUUCGAGAGUCUGGGCAGUCGCGAGCGCGAGUUUGGACCGUGAAGACGCGGUUUGUCGUCGCUCCUCGUUCGUGAUAUUCCACACGUCAAACACGCGCCGAGGCGCGAAAACGAAUAGGGUGUUCGAUCGUUGUCGGUCGUGUCGAAUAGUGUUUUUUUUUUUUUCUUUUUACGGGAGUGCAAGUGUGAACCGUACCAGCCGACGUAAUCACAGUGUCAUCGAACUUGAUCGAUCGUGAGGAGACACUCGGAAACGGAGCAAAGAAGGAAGUCGAAGCUGCACGUUCUUCCACGAUCCAGGGGCGAGUUUACAUCGAACGUCAGCUUUCUUGUCGGUGGUAAGUCUCCAAUACCUAACGCAUAGACGAAUCCACGGUUAAUUCUGAAAGAAGUUUCUCGUCGCAGAUGCUGCGCUCGCCGCGUCGUCUCCGUCCGCAUCUGCCCGGCGAGAUUGCGCUCCGAUUAUGAUGUGAGCCAGUGAAGGUGGAAUCCUCGAGCAGCGCGAGGUCCUCGCAAUGGAGGCGGGACCGAAGCAGCAACAGCAGCAACAGCAACAGCAGCAGCAGCAACAACAACAACAACAACAACAACAACAACAACAACAACAGCAGCAGCAGCAGCAGCAACAAAAUUCGUCGCCUGCUGGUACGGGACAGACACCGAGCCAGGUCGGGAGUCCGCAGGGCGGCCAGACUCAAGGCCAAGCUCAAGGUCAACAGAAUCAAGAUGCGGCUGCAGUCGCGGCUGCAACUGCGGAGGCAGGACCGGUCGAGGAGGGAGUCCUUCUCGCCAGGGUGCACGUCCCGGAGCUUUACGUCAGCAAGUGUCUUCAGUUCCCGAAGGAUCAGCUUGUCUGGGACGUGAAGCAGCAAUGCCUCGCAUCCUUGCCCAAGGUGGCCACUUGGUACAGGGAGCUGAAGGAAAGCUUCAAUUACGGGUUGUUCUGCCCGCCCGUGAAUGGAAAAGCCGGAAAAUUCUUGGACGAGGAACGUCGCCUAGGCGAUUAUCCCUUCAAUGGACCCGUCGGCUACUUGGAGCUCAAGUACAAACGACGGGUCUACAAGAUGCUGCACUUGGACGAGAAACAGCUGAAGGCGAUGCACACGAGAACGAACCUGCGAAGGCUACUGGAGUACGUGGCGAACAGCCAGGUUGAGAAGAUCGCCAAGAUGUGCAGCAAAGGCCUGGAUCCGAACUUUCAUUGCCAGGAAACCGGAGAGACUCCGUUGACGUUGGCCACGACCCUGAAGAAGCCUUCAAAGGUGAUAAUAGCGCUAGUGAACGGCGGCGCCCUGCUGGACUAUCGAACGAAGGAGGGCUUGACGGCGAUGCAUCGCGCCGUCGAGAGGAACAGCUUGGAGGCGGUGAAGACGUUACUGGAGCUCGGUGCCAGCCCUAACUACAAAGACACGAAGGGCCUGACGCCGCUCUACUAUAGCGUCAUCUACAAAACGGACCCGAUGCUCUGCGAAACCCUUCUCCACGAUCACGCGACGAUAGGCGCCCAGGACCUGCAGGGCUGGCAGGAAGUGCAUCAGGCCUGCCGUAACAAUCUGGUCCAACACCUGGAUCACUUGCUGUUCUACGGUGCCGACAUGAACGCGCGUAACGCGUCCGGGAACACGCCGUUGCACGUUUGCGCAGUGAACAACACCGACGCCUCUUGCAUACGACAGUUACUGUUCAGAGGCGCGCAGAAGGACAGCCUAAAUUACGCUAAUCAAACGCCUUACCAAGUCGCGGUGAUCGCUGGGAAUAUGGAGCUGGCCGAGGUCAUCAAGAAUUAUCAGCCCGAGGAAGUUGUACCGUUUAAAGGGCCGCCACGCUACAACCCGAAACGACGCUCGGUGGCGUUCGCCGGCACGUCGACGAUGACCACGAGCUGCUCGGCCAGUAACUUGGGCACCCUGACCAGGAUACCGUCCGCGGAGCAACAGCACGGCUCCACGGGAAUCGGCGCCCCUGGGGGCAGCCUGACCAGAACGAUCUCGGUGGAGCAGUACACGUCGAGCGUCCACGCGGUAACGAGAGUACCGUCCGCCGAGCAAUACGCCAGCCUGACCAGAGUACCGUCCACGGAACACCAACAGUAUCCAUCCAUCGGCACCCUGAACAGAGUACCGUCCGGUGAACAAUACGCCAGCCCAAUCGCGACCGCGACCGGUACGGUUACCAGGGUAUCCACGUCCACAGAGCAAUACACCUCGACGAGUGGUACCCUGACCAGAGUGCCGUCCACCGAGCAAUACCCAACUGGCACGCUCACCAGAGUACCGUCCACCGAGCAGUAUCCGAGCAGGACUCUGUCCGGCGAGCAGUACGCCGGCACGACCGGUAUCGCGAGGACGGAGUCCCAUCACGCCAGCCUAGGCAGAGUACCGUCCAUCGAACCGACCAGAAACGACCUACAGAGAAUACCGUCCGAGCACCACGUACCCAGACCCGAGCAGAACGGUCAUCGGAUCACGACGGACUACCAGAGCCCCAAUUCGCUGAGGGAUCCUAACGCGAGAUUACCAGCCAACGCGGAGAACUAUCAGAACUUAAGAAUGGAGGGUCUGACGAGGCUGCAAGAACACCGGCUCGAGCUUCAGCAGCGUCUCGACAUGCACAGAACGAUGGAGAUGCCCCCGUCGCCGUCGCCGAGCAGCAGAAGUCUAGCUCCUUUCAGCUCGGCUAGCUCGAGCCUCUCCGAAGGCAGCAAUCAACCGUCCGGCGAAGAUUCCGCCAGCAUCGUCACAGACAAGAGUCUCGGCGACACGGCCUCGGACGUAAUCAGCGACAGCUCGGGGGUUGGUACCUCGCAGUCGGACACCACCAAUUCCCUGUCGAUCCCUGGAACCACCGUCGUCUGCGUCGAGAGCUACAACAGCGGUAUCUUGGGCCAUCUGAGCAUCAAUCAAGGAGAUAUCCUAGAAGUCACCGGAGCUACCGACUGUGGCCUCCUCGAGGGAGUCCUUCGAGGACAGGGCACGGGGCUCUUCCCCGCGCACUGCGUCCAGGAGGUCAGACUUCGUCAUACCAAUAUCCCAUUGGGACCCCAGCCUGCCAGGGACGGACGGAACAGAGUCUUGGGCCGCAGGGAAUCGCAACACAAGUAUUUCGCCACGGCGCCCAGAUUGAAGAAACCAGUUACGUCGGAGCCACGCACCGUGGUAUUGCACCGCUCGAGAAAAGGUUUCGGUUUCGUGCUACGAGGUGCCAAGGCGACUUCACCCUUGAUGGAACUGACGCCGUCGGCCAGGUACCCCGCCUUGCAGUACCUGGAUGACGUCGAUCAAGGGGGAGUGGCCGACCUGGCCGGUCUUCGCAAAGGGGACUUCCUCAUUCAAAUCAACGGCGAGGACGUGACAACGGCGUCGCACGAACACGUAGUAGACCUGAUCCGAAAGUCUGGUGAGCUGGUCCGAAUGACCGUGGUCUCGCCGAUGAUCAGCCUUCCGAACUCGCAAUCGGCAGCCAUUCUGCCAACUAGUCAACCUAUACAGAGACAGUACGCAACCCUGCCGCGCAAAGGUAACAACAACGUGGUGAUCGGCGGCACGCUUGGCAGAUCACCAGCUCCCAUGCCACCGAGACGGGACCCGAAGACGACACUGAGCGUUGGUAGGGCGCGAGCCAGAUCUAUGGUCGCGGGAUUGGAGGGCGGCGGUGAAAGGGACGAUCGCGACGAGAUCACCUCGACGGGGGCCAAAUCGAGUAGCGCGGAGUCGAUACAUCUUCCUCAACAACCAUCCACCGGGUCCAACACGGGCCAGAACACCCCGGUGCAGCCGAGGACGGCCAGUAUCCGAUCGAGACCAACCUCCAGCAGGAUCACUGCCGCGGAACUGGAGGAACUAUUUCAGCGGCAGCAAGGUAGCACCAGUGGUCAGUACAGCUCGUCCAUGAUGAGCUCUCACUUUCAGACUGGUCAAGCUACCAAGUCGCAUCCUUCCUCGCCCGCAAAGACCGGCAGGGUAUACGCGAGCGUAGCGGAAAUGAAACGCAAAGGCAAAUCGAGCUCGAGAGUGCGCUUCUUUGGGGGAUUGGGGGGCGGUUCCGAUCUUCACCGAGACUUUCACAGUACCCCAGACUUGAACAUGCAAGCUCAGUCGUCCGUGUUGGCACCGAAAGGGCACAGAAGCCAGGAAGACGUGAACGCGUUGAAUGGCAGAAAUGGAUUGCCACCGCCUAAUCAUCCGCCGCCACCUCCACCGGUUGGACAGGUCGUCAAGGUCAACGUGGGGGCCAAUGUCCCAGAUGUGGUCACCCCUGCUUCUGUAUACGAUAACAUGGCGCAUAUACAGCAAGUUAAAGAAUUGGCGGCCGCAACAACCGACGGAGGUUACGGCGUGAUGUCCAGCUUUCGACCCUCGAACAGCGCGAAGCUUUACGCUUCUCCAGAGGACACGAAGACGGUAGGCUAUCGUUCCCGCAGCCUUCCAGCGCACACGACCCGCUGCCACGUGAGGAAGUCCCACAGCCUGCGCACCCCCAACAACACCACGUUCAAGCCUGUGAGCAAUCAGCAAAAUUCGAGCAACACAGCGAGCAACAACAACCAGGUGGGUAACAAUCAGUACGCGCAGCCCCUGAAGACGAACAGAAGCCACAGCACGGCGGGCAUCAGGGAACGAAAGAAGAAGGUCAUCGCCACCAGCUCCUCCGUCACGAAUCUCAGCUCCAUCUCCAACACCAACGCAGGGCCAACUGUCCCCAGCUCGGCUGCGCCACCUAUUCCAGAGCCCGAUUACAGCCUUUCCGAGUCCGAGAACGACGAGGGCGAAGAGGAGACGGACGACGACGUGGAGUCUGAGAUUGCGAAGGAACUCGAGAAGGCAGCUGCAAGGGAGAAGCUAGAGUCCACCAGAGAGACCUCGGGGAAUUCGAACACCUCUGGCUCGAGUUCCUCUGGCAGCAGUUCGUUGCCGCAUUCGUUCAGCGUGGAGGAAAUCCAAAAGGUGAGGACCCAGCUGAAGUCGUCCAAGAGUCAUCCCAACGACUUCCUGCUGCAGCAGACGCAGCAGUCCCUGGUAGAAGACGGGGAUAACAGUUCAAGCGGAGUCAGUUCUGAUCAAGAUGUGCCAGUGGGUCCUCCGACGGGUUUCGACGACACGGCUGCGAGGAAUCUAGCCAACGAUGCUAGCCAGCACUCGACGACGGUGCUGACGGUGUCGAGCAACGAGAAGGAGGGGAAUCCUAAAAGGACCAGCUACGGUGGCAGCGGUUUGCUCACCAGACACGCGGUGAGUCUGGCCCAAUUGCCACCCCCGAUCGAAGCAGACGCCGAAGAGCAGAGCAACGACCUGUUCGUGCCACCGCCGCCCGAAUUUAACGCUGGACCCUCCGCUGGGAAUACGGACGAGAUGGUCUUCGCACCGCCUCCUCAGUUCUGCGACAACAAGCAACAGCAGCAGAACCGCGUAAAGAUCAUCGGCGCGAUACCGAAAGUUACCAACAAUCAGGUGAAGGCUUCCGGUGGACGGUUGCACAAUCAGUGAACGAACGAUCGUCGCGAACCGUCGCCAAUACACGGUUCGAAUCGCGCAUGAUCGAUGAUCACGAUCGCCCAGAGUCAAUUUAAUCUCUCCGUAUUUAACCUUCCUCUCCAGUCAGAGAUUGGCGCUGUCCGGGCACGAUCCGUGUUUCCGCGACGAGAAUUGAUACCGCCACUUCGAGAUCGUUGGUACACACGUACACACACGCAUACACACGUAAAGACACAUACAAACAUAUACAGACACAUGCAGCGGGCGCUCAGCUACUCAAGACCACUGGGUUCUAUGCAGCUAGUUUGAAUGCAGGACAUCUUUAGGACUUUUUUUUAGAAUGGUAUAACGUGCCAAUGGAAAUGAAUUUUAUUUCUGCGUAUAGAAGGAAUAGUAUGGUUGUAGGAAAUAUUUUUUACGUUUGCUUUAGACGCGGAAAAAUGGCGUUGCUUUGGCUCGUAAUGUGCGUCGGUGUUUCGGAGUCUAGGUCCAUCGGUGCUUGAAGAUGAAAGGUUGAGCAAUGUUGUUUUCUUCAAGGUAUUUUCCAUCGUAUGACGCAUAAAACUUUUAAAAUUUUAAGGAUUUUAGAAAUGAUGGCGCUUGGAAGAGAGCUGUAUUCAGCAGCAACGGUUUUAUUGUAAUGCGGAUAGUAAUAGGUAGAAGACACUGUACGUCAUGCGAUGGUGAAUAUGGUCGAGAAUAUUAGUGCCAAAUUUUAUAGAAAUCGGAUCAACUGUCCAAGUCGCUGAAACAGAACACGUGGUGUCGAGGCAUACGUGUUUAAAGCUCUGCGUCAGGUAUUUUUGUCGAUAUGUUUAUCAUUUUGAGUUCAAACUAUCUCUUUACAUGAAAAAAGAAUUUUAAUUUUGUUCGCCAGAAGGAAUCCCUUGAGAAUCAAGCAUGACUCGCGUGUUAGUCUGAUUUUCCACAGGUUAUCUCGUAAGGUACUUUGAGGAUUGUGUGCGGUGAAUAACAUAACUUUAUUUUAUUCUUAACCCUUUCUUAAGUCUUAUCAUCGUAGCAUUGAACAGCCACUUACUUCAAACCAAAUCAAAUUGAUAUUAUUCUUAGUGAUUGAGUUGGUAAAGCGAGUCACCCAAAUUUGAGCCAGAUAAAUUGGUGAAUAGACUUUGACUUUCUUAUUAAAAUACCUUCUUAUAAUUUCAAAUCUUCAAAACAUUCAAAGUACUCGCAAUCUAUAAAUUGGAAAUAAAGCUCCAUCAGUAUCGAGUCACGCAAUUUUCAACGCAUAUUCCUCGUGAUUUUAAGUUAUACAAAAUUGAGUUAGCACGACGUUUAUUUCCUUUGUUUCGUUAAGUGAGGGGGCGGUCUCGAGUAGCUCGCCACUGUAGAUACAUAAGGUUAUUGCAAUAAAUUUUUCACACGAAUACAAGACGCGUUCUCGCGCCCUUAAGGGUUUCUUUUUGUAAGGAGCGAAUGCGCUUCGAUCGAGAGAGUUCGCGUGUCGCUCGAUCGCGCGUCCCCGCGAUGGUAGUCCGAGCGAAAAAUAUUUCAGCGAGUUUUUACCGUAAAACCUAGAUGAGCGCGUGUCGAAGUACGAGCCGCAAAAUAGUCAAAAUCCCGUGUAGCCGUCUCGCGGAAUGGCCUAAAGGGGUCGAUCCUGAACAAGAUCCACGAACCGUAGCUCGUAAUUAGAGAGAAAGAGUGAGAGAGCAAUUCUGUGCGUGUGGAAACGUAGCGAACGAAUGUGUAGCGUAUAAUCGGGGUUUGUUUUUCAUGUUUCUAUCGAGAUAUACGACGCGUGUUUAAUACUUUUACAUUUAACGACCUUUUAACAGACCCCUCCCUUGAUCCUUCCCCGCUGUCCUUAAGAACGCCAUCAAUUUCUCUCUGCCCGAAACACAUAGCGAAGAGCAUUCUCGACGGACGAUUAGGGUAUCUGGUUAAUUGAAUCGAUGCUUGUUAAGGCAUCUUCUCACUUCGGGUGUUUGACAAGUGUAUUUUUUAGUGUUAAAGAGUUACUAGUUGCUCCUUUGCUGGGGGAUCGAUUCAAUUUUGCUUCAGUGUAAUAGAAUUUAUUUGUUUCACUGUUGAGUAACUGUAUUGUAAUAUUAUUUGUAAAUAAUUUUUCUGUAAUAUUCCAACUCUUGAUGUACCUUGUGAGUUGUACAAAUUUUAUCGAGAUCGUUUAGCCCCUCUAUGCUUUUUGAAGUGGGAAGAUCCUUUAAUAGAGAUUCAAAGACAACAACGAUGGGUACAAUUCUUCUCUAGAUAAUGACAUCGAGUAAGGAAUAUAAAAGAGUGGGAACCUCCAAUCUAUUACUCGUUGAAUAAAAAUUCAGAUUCUAGUGUGAAGUAUAUUCGCAGCAAACAAACAAAAAUUGCAACCGUCAAACGAUUAUUAAUCUUGAAUUAAUAAUCACAUCAAGUUGAUGCGUCGUUCGAGUAGAAUUCUUCCCAUUCGUAUUCAGGAUGCUUCGUACCGAUGGGUUGGUUAGCUAAAUAGUAAACAAUGAAAAAAAAAAGAAAAAGAAAAACGAAGAAUAAAAAACGCGCGCGAUUGAGUUCGAUUCCGUUUCUCUCUCUCUCGUGUCUAGACACUGCUCAAGAGCCUAAUUACAAAUGUUCUACUCGCAAAAAGUCAUUAGAGAUUGUUUCUAGUUUGUAAUAACGUUUAAAUAGCGCAAC